AUGCAAGAAACUAAAACACAUUAAAAAGGUUUUAGAACAAUAAUUGCUUAAAAAAAGGAUAGAAUAUCUCAUAAUUACUAACAUUCAAUUUAAAAUAGAUCCUUUUAAAUUGAAGGUACUAAAGUAUUAAAUCAAACAAAUCAGGUUGAAUAAUAAAAAGAAAAUGAGACUAAAAUGCCAUCUAAAUAUGCAUUCUAAAAUUUAUUUAGAUAACAUAGAUUAUCUUUGAAAAAUGAAAAAUAUGAUAAAAUUUUGAGUAAUACUCAAUUUACAAGAAGGAAUUUUACUCAUUAAAGACCAUCUGUUUUAAAUGUUGAAUUUUCUAUAGAUUAAAAUAUUUUAAGAAAUAAAUCGAUUGAAAUGAAUUCAUUAAAGAGACCUUAAAGGAUGAAACAAAAGAAAAUAGAUGCAGAAAUGAAUGAGAGGGAAAGAUUUUACACAGUAUAAUUUAUUACAAAAUCUGAAGGAAAAUAUGAAAAUAGAAAUCUUUUUGAAUUGAAUGUACUCAAAUAUUAAAAAUUAUCUCAUUCUCCAAAAUAUAGUAAUAGAUAACCAAAGAAAAAUAUUAAAUAAUAUGAAAAUAAAAAGAAAGAAAAAAAUUCAGAUAUAAUUUUGCAAGGUAUCCUUUGA